AUGGAGUACAGAUAUAACGCGUUUAAUGAUACUCCGCGAGGAAAUCAUUGGAUCGGCAAUUCUGCGUCCGGAUCAUCACACCCAUCUUAUAGUAAUCGCUCUAAAAUAAGCGCAACACGACGUUUCCAAUACGAAGAUGAUGAGCCUAGUGAAGGAAAUCGAGCUCUAAGCCCAAAAAAAUUUAAGAAUACUGGAAGUGAUUCAAGCGAUAAAAAAUCAAAGAUAUAUGAACGCAACAGCAAAGACCGCCACAUUAGUGGUGAUAAAAAGGUCGAUACUCAUUCAUUACCCUUAAUAUCAACUAACGUUUUAGAGAUUUCCAAACAAAGAACACUUGCGGUGAUAUUAUUCCUGAUCAUUCAAUGUUACAAAAUAUAUGAUCUGGUAAUACUUAAAUCUGGGCUGCCACUUCCGGGUUUGUUGUUUAAGAAUUAUCGAUUUAACUUCGUAUCCAAAUAUUUCAUAAUUGAUUCUUUAUUCCUGUAUGUUUUGCCAUCUUUUAACAUUCCUAAACUGACCUUCAAACCAUGGAUGGUGUAUCUCCAGAUCUUGGCCAUGAUACUACUGAACAUUUUUAUAUCAAGCGAUCAUGAGUUCAUUUUGGUUUCAUUAGUUUUGACCACUUGGAGGAAACUUCACGCGAGAGAACUCAGCGUAACAGGCUCGGCCAUCAAUCACCAUCGUAUUGUUGAUUCAUCUUCCCAUUUCAAAGGUGCUCUAACAAUCAAGAUCCUACCUGAAAAUACAGCUAUGUUCAACCCUCUUCAUGAAUCAUACUGUUUACCUAUGGACACCAAUCUUUUUAAAGUUAGCUCUAUUGACGUACCCAUUAGAAUAAAUUCAACCGAAGAGAUUGAUUUCAUCGAAUUAGAAUAUAGAGAUCUUUACACGAAUGCAGUAGAACUACGUUCCUUGAGUAAGAAAGACUUCAGAAUCAUCAAUAACCCUAAAUCUCUACUUAAAAAAGAAAAUUCGGUCCUAAAAACUCAUUCAAACGAUUUUGAGGAAGAUAGCACAAUUCGUUAUUUGGCUUUAACCCUUCAAGACACUGGCUUUUAUCAAAUAAAAAAAAUUGUUGACUCCAAGAAAUUAAACUUGAAAAUCCACCAAUCACACUUGAUUGUUCCCCACUGUCCAAUUGCAUCAAUAACUGGGGCUGGAAAUAAUGAUAGGUGUAUUGGUGAUUCGGAUAAUAUUUCUCUUGAAAUUCAAGGUGUACCUCCAAUGAAGUUAGCAUAUUCUAAGAUUGUUAAUGGUCAAAGGUUCACAUAUGUAGAUUCCAGCCUGCAACCAGAAUAUUUUGAGUCUCCCUUACAAUCAAGUAAACCCAGACAAAGUUUUACUCAAGAAGAACUAAACGAUUUGAAAUGGGGUAGAAGCCAGCCUGUUAAUAUUAAUUUAGAUUCUCUGAUUACCCAGGAUGGUAAGUAUGCAUAUAACGUUGACAAAAUAAUUGAUGGCCUGGGUAAUGUAGUAGAUUUUACAUCUCUUCCUGAAGAUUUAAGAAAACGUUAUGAUUUAUCCUAUGAUUUUAAUGUUCAUGGAAUCCCACGCGCAGCUCUAGAGGAAAGAUUUGAUCCUAAAUCACCCACGAAACGUUCUAUUGCCAUUGUCUUAGAAGAAAUCAAAAACUGGACAUCAGAUAUUCCAUAUGUUAUAAGCAUGUCAUAUACUGGCUCACAAGAUGAGGCGAAAAAGAAAAUGAAUAUUACUACGAAUUCUUUAGCUAAAGUGUUUCAAGCCGAUCUUCCGGGUUUGUAUAAUUUAGAAUACGUCGAAUCUAAGUUUUGUCCCGGUGUGAUUAUUGGUAAAUCGAACGUUCUAGUCACUAUGCCAGUUGCACCUACUAUGGAAGUUAAAUCUUUCCCGAUAUUGGACCAAUGUGUCGGACAAGUUGGCCUGAAUUUCGAGCUAUCUUUUACUGGUGCUCCACCGUACUAUUAUAACACCAAAAUUUACAAGCUUGAAAAUGGUGAAAGAAAGCUAUACGAUGCAAAGAGACAUACAUCCGAAGGUACCAGAAAUCACUUCAGCUAUAGUCCACCUAAGGAAGGUAAUUAUGAAAUUGUGUUUAACAAUGUUUCUAAUAAAUUAUUCACGGAGCCAAUUAAAUUAGAACCUGUUGAAGAUUAUACGUUCAAAACCUCAAUGAGAGUAAAACCAAGCGCAGCAUUAAAAUCACAGCAUGAUUUAAAACUUUGUUUGGGUGACCACAGCACUGUUCCUGUUGCCCUAAAAGGACAAGCUCCUUUCACGUUAACAUAUGACAUCAUAGAAACAUUCUCGAGCAAGAGGAAGACAUAUGAAAUCAAAGAAAUCAAAAGCAAUGAAUAUGUCAUUAAAACUCCAGAUUUUACUACCGGUGGUGAUUAUAUCCUAUCUUUAGUUUCUAUUAAGGAUUCUACUGGGUGUCUAGUUGGACUCAGCCAAUCGGAUGCUAAGAUACAGGUGAGAAGGGAUAUUCCAUCUGCGGCUUUCAAUUUUUUUGAGCCUGUCAAAGAAGUCAGAAUUAAGCAUGGUUCUGUUACCGAAAUACCACUCAAACUAAGUGGGGAGGGGCCAUUUACCGUUAAAUUUAAACACAUGGAUUACAAUGAAAACUUUCUGAAAGAAUUUGAAAACAAAUUUCAGAAUAGUUACAAACCGGCCUUGAAAGUCACUGAAGAAGGACUUUACCAAUUGGUUGACAUUCGUGACUCAAGUUGUCAAGGUAAAGUGAUUAACCAAAAUAGCGUGUAUAAGGUGUCUUUCUUGAAGAGGCCAAGCUUUACCAUCCAAGAUAAUCAUCAUAUAACAAAAUUGACGAACAACCUAUUUACCAAAGAAGAAGUCUGUCAAGGGAUGGAGGGUACCGUUGAUUUGGCUCUAUUUGGCUCUCCGCCGUUUAUAUUAGAAUACGAUUUGAUGGCACCCAAUGGCCAUAUUUCCUCAAAAAAGAUUCAGGUGGCAACUAGAUAUGCUUCGCUAAAACUGCCUAAUCAAGUUCCUGGAGAAUAUAUAACUACAAUUAAGGCUAUUUUUGAUGGCAAUUAUGGUGAGGCCGACAUACAUUUUAAAGAACAUCAGUCUGAACUUGUAAUCAAACAAACCGUACAUCCCAUUCCAGAUGUUGUAUUUGCUGACGGAGGUAAAACCUUGCGUGCAUGUGCUGCUAAUGUGGGUCAAAUCUCAUUUUUGGAAGCGAUAGAUUUAAAGUUUUUGCAAGGAGAAAGCCCAUUCUCAAUAACUUUUAGCGUCUAUCACGAAAGUACUAGUCGAACAGACCAAUAUACCAUUGACAACAUUGACUCAGAAAAUUUCACAUUCGAAAAGCUAUACGAAGGCAUGAAGUUGGGCAACCAUGCCAUAAGUAUUGAUUCUGUUACUGACGCAAAUGGCUGCGUCAAUAAUGUUAUAUCCGGCUCGCGUAACCAAAUUUUGGUGUCAAUUACUGAUGCACCAAAGAUACACAUAUUAGAUCCUUCCACAGAGUACUGUGUAGGGGAUUACGUCGCUUAUCAACUAAAUGGUGUAGCACCAUUUAUGAUCAAGUAUGAAUUCAAUGGUAUUCCGCUGAAAUCUAAAGAGCGCAGUUCACAGUUUGUCCGAUUGGCAUCUGAACCGGGUGUUAUAUCCAUCACCUCUUUACAGGAUUCAUCGUCUCAAUGCAUCGUAGACUUUACGAAACCAGGUUCGAAGAGUGAGUUUGAUGAUUUAUCCUUAAACAUACAUCCAAUUCCUUCCGUAACUGUUUCUCAAGGAAACUAUAUCACUGAAGACAUUCACGAGGGUGAUCAGGCUGAAGUGAUCUUUUCAUUCGAAGGUACACCUCCUUUCUCUUUAACUUAUGUAAGGACAGAAGAAACGGAUGGAAAGCACGGCAAAAAGAGGUCGCAGGUUGUUGAAACGCACAAAGUCACUGAUAUAUAUUCCCAUGAAUACAAGGUAGUCACAAGUCUGCAAGGUACCUACGAGGCUAUUGAAAUUACAGAUGCCUUUUGUUUUGCCAAGAAUGAUCUCUUUUUCAAUAAUUAA